AUGGAUUUGGUUGCUGGUAUUCGCAAGGAAGGCAGCCGCGGCGGCCGCGAUGAGUUCAAGUGGUCUGAUGUCAAAAGCUCCACCCACCGCGAGAAUUACCUAGGCCACUCGGUGAUGGCACCAGUCGGCAGGUGGCAACAAAAUCGCGAUCUCAACUGGUAUGCUAAGGGCAACGAAGAUGAGGAGGAACGAAUUCGCAAAGAGCGGGAGGAACUGCAGCGUGUCAAGGAGGCCGAGGAAGAGGCAAUGGCCAUCGCGCUGGGUCUUCCGGUGCCCCCAAAGGCAUCUGAGAAUGCCAAUAUGGUCCCCCUAGGAGGUGACAACAGCAAUGAAACGAAGAAGAGAUGCCAGAUGCUGGAGCAAGAGAUAAGGAUCACCGGUCGAGCCACAGACAUAGACGCGAUCGCAGCCGAAGCCCGCGACGAGACAGGAGACAUGAUCGCGGUGAAGAUUCGGCACGGGACAAGGAGCGCAGGCACCGCAGACCCCAUGAUGACCGAGAGCGUCAUCACCGCAGUCAUCGUCACAGGCCCAGAUCGCGAUCUCGCGGUCGAGAUCAUCACAGACGCCGCUCAGCCUCCCGGUCCAGAAGUCGACCUAGUCGCAAAGACGAGGAGCACCAGAAGCGACGACGAAUGGAGCGCAGUUACUCGCCGGCGCUCAGCCGGCGACACCCCGAACGCAGACGAGACCGAGAUGACUACGAUCGCCGACACUGAGCUCCAAACUAGGGAUACGAAUUAA